GGGGAGGAAAAAAGUUUAAGUAAAAAUGGCUUCCUUGUCUUUGGAGUCUGCAGAACAAUCUGAAAACAGCCCAGAGGAGCCGACGGCAUCGGAGAUCAAAGAGGAGAGAAACGCAGACAUACUUUCUGAAGAGCUGCUCAAACGUUUCCAAAAGUCGGCGCUGACUUUCUCCGCUGACCAAGUAUCAUGUCUGUGCGAGGCCCUCCUGCAGGCGGGCAAUGUGGAUCGCUUGUGGAGAUUUCUAUCCACCAUACCUCCUUCGUCCGAGCUGCUACGUGGCAACGAGACCCUACUAAAGGCCCAAGCUCUGGUGGCUUUCCACCGGGAGGAAUUCAAGGAGUUGUACGCCAUCCUGGAGAGCCACGACUUCCACCCGUCUAACCAUGGGUUCCUGCAGGACCUGUACCUGAAAGCCCGCUACAAGGAGGCUGAGAGGUCCCGGGGCCGGAGCCUGGGCGCAGUGGACAAGUAUCGGCUCAGGAAAAAGUUCCCCCUGCCCAAAACGAUCUGGGACGGGGAGGAGACCGUGUACUGCUUCAAGGAGAAGUCCCGAAACGCAUUGAAAGAGUGCUACAAGAGCAACAGGUACCCCAAUCCGGACGAGAAGAAGAACUUGGCUAAAGUCACCGGACUGUCCCUGACUCAGGUCAGCAACUGGUUCAAGAACCGCAGGCAGAGGGACAGGACCCCGUCCGGGACCCACAGCAAAAGGCAAGAAAAGCAAAACUAGUCAAUGCAGGAAUUGAAAUGAAAGAUUCAUUACGAUAGAGAGCAGGUUGAACCUAAUUUUAUUUAUUUAUCUUGUAUUAAUCAUUUGUCUGUGUUGUGUUUCCUGACAACAGUGAUCACUUACUUACUCCAUGCAUGCCCUGAAACUAACAGACCAAACCCUCAUGGUAAACAAAGCCCGCACACUGCACUGUAGACCAACUAUGUAACUACACAAACACAUUAAACUUCAAAGUGCCACAUCUAAAACCUUUCGUCUGUGGAGGACAGUGAAGCUGACUUUUGACAGCAGUAAACCCGCACAGGUCUGAGACAGAAGCAUGUUGCUUUGUUAUGAAAUGUGAGAUUCAGGCGCCCACCGUGGCUCAAAUUUCCUGAAACCAUGCACCUCUGCCUCGGGCCUGCAGGGUGACCGAGGUUAGAGUCAAAGCUUAAACCAGACAAACAGGAGGUGCUGCUGAACUCUCAGAGGAGGGAAAAUCCUCUUCAUAUGCUCCUACAAGGACUGAAAUCUUGGAGUUUUUACCGCCACUAUUUCAUCACCCACUGUGGGGUUGAUAAGAGGGAAUACAGCAGACUUAUCUUAUCAGGCCUGAGGGUUUGUGGUGGUCUGGCAGACAGUCAGCUUGAAUGGUUAACUAGGGCUGCACAAAUUAACAAAAUGAAUGACCUGAAAAAGCUGCUUGGAAUCUGAGCCAAGUUCCUGAGUGGACUGAGUUAAUUUUCUACUAUUUUAAUUCUGACCAGUUUUGCACAAAAGCUUGAAUAAUUAUUCAGGAAAUGUUAAAUUAUUGGGACUUGCUUGUAUUGCGGCUUUCCUAGUACCUUUUAAAAAGUUGCUUGAGGCCAAACUAGGUCCUGUAUAUUUUUGUGACAGGCCACUGCUGUUCCAAAGAAACACCCACAGUUCUCUGAAAAUUUCGGAGCUUUAAUAACAGAAAAACGCUUUGACAGUGACCAAUAAUUAUACAAUAAUAAUACACUUUGCAACGUGUGUCAUUGCAAACAAAAGAACAUAGAGCACGGUCAACAAAAAUUACUCCACUCCAGUGCAGGUAAGACCGCCCAGUAUACAGCUUACCGGCUUUCAAACACAGUGCCCACGUGACCCAAACCCAGCGAAACCAACGGCAACCAGACGAAAGUAACUGAACACAGGAUAACCGAUAAGCAAAGCAACAUUAUGGCUUCCACAGCUAUCAUCUAUGAUAUGUGGUUAUUCACUAAAAAUCUGCCCUAAAGAAAGAGUAAGAAAAAUUUAAGUUUUAUUUAAAGGGAUAUUCCGGCGUAAAAUUAAGUUAGGGUCAAUCACACCGUAACACUGAGUUAGACACCCCCUCGAGAGAUGAAUGUUGCCAACCACUUGCUUCUCUAGUUAUACCAACUUAAGUAAUGACCGCACAAUGGCAAUCCAGAGAGCCACGCGCUCAACCAAAAACGCCACUCUAUAGCCACAAAUAACGCUCAGAACAGCACCUAACUUCAUCAACAGUACAUAUAGGGUCCCAGCCAUAGCACUAGCCGACGAACAUCUUUUUAACUUUGCCUAAUUUCUUUUGCAAGGAGACUUAACACAACUCACCUACUCUCUUCCAGCAGCCGCUUGUUUGUACAGAGACCUCUAGGUGAGUUCAUCGACUGCUGCGGGGUGACGCAGCUCAAGGAAGAACAUUUAUGAUCAUUACUUUAUCAUUUCUUUGAAGUAAUAAUCACCAUAUUAAUCAUUUUGCACUGCAGACGCGGUAGUUCUUCUGCCUUAGCGUCUCGGUCUGAUUGCAUUUCCAUGAAGUAAUGAUCAUAAAUGUUCUUCCUUGAGCUGCGUCACCCCGCAGCAGUCGAUCGACUCACCUUGAGGUCUCUGUACAAACAAGUGACUGCUGGAAGAGAGUAGAUGAAUCGUGUUUAGUCUCUUUUGCCAAAGAAAUUAGGCAAAGUUAAAAAGAUGUUUGAUGGCUCAUACUAUAGCUGAGACCCUGUAUGUACUAUUGAUGAAGUUAAGUGCUGUUCUGAGCAUUAUUUGAGGCUAUAGAGUGGCGUUUUGGUUGAGUGUAUGGCUCUCUGUAUUGCUAUCUGUGAUUGUUACUAAAGUUGGUAUAACUAGAGAAGCAAGUGGUCGGCAACAUUCAUCUCUCAAGGGGUUGUCUAACUCGGUGUUACGGUGUGUUUGACCCUAACUUAAUUUUAUGCUGGAAUAUCCCUAUAAGUGUGCAAGCAUUUUAUUUUAGCAUGUUUUCCAUGUGCUCAUUUUUCAGAGAAGUUUCGUUUAAAUUAGUUAUUUACUGGAGAUUGACUGCUCUGUUGACAAAUGCAAGAACCUGCAGCACUCUCUAAAAAAUCAGCAAAGAAGAAAAACAAACUCUCUCUUUACAUCUGACCUAUUUUUCUUGUUUCAGUGAGUCUGACGGGAACCACAGCACAGAUGACGAGGCCAGCCCCAUGGAUGACACUCCUGACAAACCAGAGGAGGCCCCCGGCUCCACAGCUUCCAUCAUCUCUCUCUCAGCUGUCCCCUGCAGCACAGGGGGCCAGCUGAUCCUCAAUGGCUCCGGCGGCUUCCUCACAUCCUCUCAGUCUUUACUUCUUAACGGAAACUCCCUGAUUUCUAGUAACGGAGCCGGUGUGAUCAUUAACGGGCUGAGCUUGGGGGAUUGUCAGACAGUCACGCUGAGUCCUGUUGGAACUAACUCUCCUCUGAUACUGAACGGGGCUCAGGUAAUAACUAAACCCAGCGUCAGCCUACAGCAGCAAACAGUGUCUGUGGCGGAUCAGGGGGUUUCAGCCAUUAAUGCCAACCAGAGUAGUCUUCCAGCUGUUGUUUUUAGUACCAACGCCACUCCAGCCUCAAACCCUCCAUCCAUCAUCUCUUCUGCUCUUCAAAUUAAGACAGAAAGCAACAAUGCAAUAGAUUUCAUCUCUGUCACCAAAUCAGAGGACAGCAGCCACACAGUUUCCUCUUCCUCUUCAUCUCUAUCCCCCUCCUCACCAACUUUAUCCUCCCCGACCAGUCUGCCCUCACUGGUUUUAACGCCAAACACCCAACAGCAGACGUCCCUCACCGCCUCUGUGCCGUCUUCUAUGCCUCUCUCCAGUCCGCAACGAGACUAUGUUGUCCUUACAUCUUCUGCCUCCCAGUUAAACCCCUCGAGCUCUGUGGUUGUCUCCAGCAGCUCCGCCCCUCAGAUACUCUCUCUGCCCCAGGUUGUGCCUUCCAUCCACGGUAAACCAGUAUCUCAGCUGGUGCAGCACACAUCUGGUGCACAGGUGUCCCAGUGCCCCCAGUUGGUCCCGGUAUCCCCUCUCGCCUCACCGAUGCCUCAUUUCCAAAGCCAGACAGUGAACACGGGCGCCAGGCUGCAGGAUGCAUCAGCAACUCUACCUGAGGGAACGACAACAAUCGUCUCCAUCCCCCAGAUAUCACAGAGAACGGCGCCCCAGCAAGGGGACCAAACCACAAACUCGACACCCAACAAAGCCCAGGUCCCACAGGUUAUCUCCAUUUCUUCUCCGACACAGGUGGUCCCAGUCCCACAGGCAAAGGGCACCACACUCGCACAGUUAGUCUCCUCAUCCAUGCCCCAGCUGGUCCCAGUCUCCCCCAUCCAAACUUCAUCCACCAUCUCCUUUCCACAAGUGGUUCCUGCCAGUCCUUCUCUCUCUGCCGGUGUGCCGUUACAGAUCCUGACCUCAGCCCCUGCGGCUGCUGGGGUCUCUCAAGGUCCUCUGAGGAUAAACCAGCUGAGGCCAAUCCAAAGUGUGGUCCCUCCAACUAGUGUGGCCCCUGGUGUACAACUCCUGAACUCUGGGAUCAUUCAGCUGCCCUCUGCUCCUCCAGGUACACUCAAUUCAUUAGAUAUUAUUUUUUUAUAAGAAAGAUUAAAGAACUUUAUUUAUCUGAUAAAAACUCUUUUUCUUAUUCAGCUCCUUUUGUUACACAGUCCUGAUUGCUGUCUUCUCAUACCUUUGUCAACAUUUGUAGGUAACCUUCUCCUCGGUGGAAGCCCCUACCUGAGUGUCCAGCAAGGCAAGCUCAUUUUGACCAUACCAGCUGGAAUCCAACUCACCAGUAUACUGAAACCAGUCCCAGAGGCUCCACCCAUUCCUUCUAAUGGACUGAGUCCCAUCCUCAGCCCCUCCAACCACCCAGUUGUCCCCCAGCCAUCAACCACCUCUACCCCGACCCCAAGCGUCCUCACAUCAUCUCCCCUAAACUUCAUCAACUCUUCCCCUCCGUACUGUGCUCCAGAGACAGGAACACCUGCCGCCCCUUCCCCUCACACACUGGACCAAUCAAUCACCCCCACAACUUCGAACAUACUCACUCCAGAAAGCUUGCUCACCUUCAGCCCCACGUACAGCGGCAUGACACCCAACACCCAUCUUUCCCAACCAGCCUGGAGCCCCGUGCUCCUCUCCACUUCAGCUGGUCUGACUCUGUUUGAUGUCCGCAACAAGGGAGACCUACCUGUAGACCCGGCUUUGUUAGGCCUACCUGGAGGAGAGUCGCUGCUGUUGGGAAGUCCCACGUCAGAGCAGGAUGUGGAAGCCAACUCAGGGCUAGGGAAUCCAGAGGGGAUAGACGGGGACUCCAAGAUCCUGACUCAGCUGCAGUCUGUCCCUGUGGACGAUGAGCUGGGCCUGUAGUCUGUUUACAUCGCUGUUUGCCGACCUGAUAUCACUAAAAACAAAAACAAUGAAACACUCAGUAGUUAAGUGAAUCUAGAGUUUGCUUUUUUAACGAUCUGAGGUUUGUCCUCCAAGUCUUCCAUAAUGUGUUUGGGUCUUGGUGUGCCCAACUGUGUUGCCCUCUCAGCAAAUUGCGGUCUUGGCUGGCACUUUUCAACAAAAUCCUCUACAGCUGUACUUCACAUUGACCAACAGGCUUACACGAGAUGCCUCUGAUUUUUCCUUUUUUCAUCUCAAAGCCUUGUGUGCCUUACCGGAUUUAUUAAAUCCAGACUGAAAAACUACCACAGAUUUCUCUGCUUGGGUGCAGAUGUAAAAAAAAAAAGACCAUACUUUGCUCAUCAGCUUAGUUUUGGCUUUUACAUCAGCUCCACUUUGUAGUUUUUAAUUCUGCAGACCAUUUUUGAAACGUAUCUGGUUUGUUGUGGAUCUACUACAGGAAGUGUACCUGAACCGUCAGACAAAGAUAUACAGUAGAAAUCUGAGUUUUUCUUGGUGCUCUCUCGUUCACUGUCUGAAACACUCCUGCAAAACACCACAGAUGAUAUUCUUCAUCUGUAUGAACUGAGGUAUGUGAAACCAUGAUUAAACACACAGCUUCAAAGCUAUACACCAGUGUUUUAUUGCUACAAGUUACUGAAGACUGGGAUGCAGCUUGCGCCACAGCUGCAUUUUAUCAGAGGACUGUUUUGAAUUACUUUCUUCCAAAAGCACCAAUAUAACAGAGGAACUAAAAGGGUCUUUACUCUAUGCAAUACAUGUUUUGUAUGUUUAUAGGACACUAUGUUUGUGAAAUAUCAGUACUCUUGGGAGAUGGGGGGGAAAAGCUUUUGAAUACUGAAGCAUGACGGUGCAUUACACUAAAUGUUUGCUGUGAUCCCACAUAGUGAUGUUUGUUGUCAGUUUAACCACCUGUUCAUUAUUAUUAUUAAUAAGUGCCUUAUGUGUAAGCUCCUACUUUUGUUGUUUUCAUCAAGUGUGAUUUUUCUUUCUUUUUGUUUUGCUUUUUUUUUUCAUCUGUCGACACCUGACCAAAUUUUGAGAUUCACUUAAUGUAAUUUUUUUUGAAUGUCCACGCUUCUGUACCUGCUCAUCUCCAUCACGCCGUAAUGUGACAGUUUUGUUCGCAUGAUCCCAGCUCGUCUAUUUUGCACCUUUUCAUUCACACAAUGUUUACGCUGGCCUGCUGCGUUGUUGCGUCAGUGGUGGGACUCGCAGUUCUUCAAAUGUCCUAUCGUUAAAUGGACCUGCGUAGUCUUUAACACUCCUCAUCGUGUGAGUCCUCCACUGUCAUAACACAGGUAGAGGUUAAACUUUUGGCCAUUUAUGGUACAUAAAAUAUACACGUCAGUGUCGCCUCUGGUUACAAUAAUGGCCUUUUUUGUUUGUUUUCUAAUGAGUUUGUUGUUUGUCUUUUUUGUACUUGUAAUCUAUUUAAAGCAUGCAUUAUUAAUCUAGUUGUAACUGAAAGAAAAUUUAUCUUUGAGGAGAAACACAACUAGGAAGUGAUUUUUAUUUUCACCUGUACGGUCAUAUUGUUUUAUUGAGUUAGGUUUUUGAGAUAUUAAAUCAGCUCCAAUGACAGAAUUGUAUUCAAAUAAAGUAGGUCACCCUCGGUUUAUACAUUCACUGUCAUUAGUUCCCUGUGCCAUCAGGGAGGAUGUUCAAUGGCGUUGACAAAUCAAUGUUUAGUCUAAGUUUCGCCGAUAUUUAAGUUAGUUUGGGAUAAAGGGAAAUGUUUUUAAAUGUAAAAAUAUGGUAGCCUUUGUUUAUAUGAGCCAUUUCAUACCAAAGCUUGUAGACAUUAAAGCCCUGUUGGGCUUGCGCACAUGUAUACACGUAUGUUUGUACCCUGAGUUGUGUUUUUAACCCCUUCCAUACCUGACAUGUAAUGUAAGUGACUCCCGAUUUAACCAAAGACAAUGUGUGUUUAUCACUUUUUUGAUAGUUUUGAAAGGGAUCAUCUGUGUUUGACAUUCAAAGUUCAUGUUUUCUCAUUUUUAUAUUCAAAUGCAUUCUAUUUUUUAUAUUUCCUGAUAUUGUAAUAAACUACAUUUACAGAAA